GUCAAAAUUUAUUAUUAUUUAUCAAAGUUGUCAGAAAUGUCAACAAAUUCAGAAUAAUUGUAAAUGUUUAUUAACAAAAAGGUAGAAAAACACAGAUAAUAAUUAAAUAUAUCCAAAAUGACAACUUAAUCGUCGUUAAUUACGUGCAUCGAAGAUGUUUCACAAAACCGAAAAUGCCAAAGGCAGUUUUCUGGAGCAGACCAAAGCAGCCAGAGAAGAAAGGGCUCUGGAAAAAAAACGUGAGGCUGCCGCUAAAUUGAUUCAAGCUCACGCUAGAGGAUGGUUGUGCAGAAUACGCUUCACGAGGAAUAUUUUACAAGAAUUCGACAAUACAAUUCCAACGGUACCCGAGAACAUCUUCAAAUUGCAAUUAAAACCCGCCAACGACAUCUUCCAUCAAUCUCUCAAGCUGUUACUUAUAUGGCGCAAAGAAAGAGACAGUGACAGGUUCUCGAACUUUUGCAAAUACUUGAUCGCCACUCUAGACAGCGACAGUCCCAAAUUCAGCUAUGUGGGGGUCGCUUUGGGUAAAGAAAGCGUUUUGAGAUGGAUAUCACACAUGAACGAGAUAUUAUGGAUCUGUUGCGAAUAUUUGAAUGGUCUAAGACCAGAAUUCGCUGGUGAUAUGAAGACUAUCGUGUUGUAUCUGCACGUGUUGGUAUCAUUUACUAGUACAAAUACUUGGAUGGUUUUGAAAAAUAAGAACAUGGAGAUUUUGAGACCUGGCAUGAAUAAGUUGUGUGCUAACUUGAUGGGACAGCUGUUUCAUAAAGGAUUUUAUUUGGUUUUGAAGAAUCUCCUGUUAAGAGGACUGGGACGAAUAAAAAUCGCUUUUAAAAACGUAUCUCUAUCGGCUAUACUUACAAUUUCACUCAGACCGUUGAUUUCUGCAAAUUAUUCUGACAAAUUGAUGACAAUAUUCUUGAUAAACAUAUUAUCGAUACCCGGAAUCGUGCAGCAUCUUCAAAAUUUGUCGCCAGAAUCUGUUGUGACACUUGGUCAUCACAACAUAUUCGGUAGAAGUUUGGAAUUGCUGUCCAGUCAGCAAUCGAUGAGGAUUGUAUUUAACACCUUGGAAGGUAGUUAUGCUCUAUGCCUGUUAGCUAAUCUUAUCCAGUUGGCUUACAUUGAACGACACACAACACUUAAUGAGUUGUGUUUCCCUACAUUUACAGUAGUAGUCACCAGUUUACUAGAAAGCUGUCAAAAUUACGUCGUUAGUAAACAAUCGACUUUAACCCAUUGGCACCCGGUGUUGGGAUGGUUCGCGCAACCGAUGGAUCCAUCUUUACACGCGGCCAUGCCUCACGUCAAAAUCCAACUCCACUUCUUGUGGCACACCGAAAUCAUCCAAAUUCUUCUCGGAAAUUCUUUAUCGGACUUGGUAGCCGGUGCUGAACCGCCCGCGCAGCUUCUCAGCCCCACGCAGAACGCUUUGAGCGGGCCGAAUUUUUUCAAAAAAGUUUUAGAGUGCAAGAGCCACAAAAGUACCGUUCAAAAAUCGUAUAGAGCUUUGGGAAGUCCCGAGGUACAUAGGAUCGUUUUGAUUUGUUCGUUGUAUCACACCGCUUUGAAUACUUUGACGCAGCUUCAGCUGGACAUACUGACAGGUCUGUGUUAUCAAAAUUCGGUUCUGUACGAACUGUGGCUGUUCCUUUGUUCCUUGGGACCUAAUUGCGGUAUAAAACCAUUUUUGGAUCAUUUGGCGUUCAAUACCAAAUGCUCUGCACCAGAAUUUCAGAUGCUUCAGCUGUUCGCAGAUUGUAUGUCCCAUUAUGUCACGAUAUUAGACGACAUGGAAAUGUACGAACAGCAAAACCCUUUCAAACUGUCCGAUUUCGCUGUUAUGUCGAACUUUUUGAACAUUUUCUUGUACAAAGCUGUUCUGGGAAGUCUAUUCGACUUUAAGACCAUCCACAGCAACACUCUCUUCAACUCGCUUCACACCGUCUUAAUGCUGUUGUACCGCAGGGAUUGCAGGAGGAACUACACUCCCGCCGGGCAUUGGUUGAUCAGGGAUAUCAAAGUGUCUACGUUCAUUGGGGAUUUGGAGAAAGGACGUAGGGCGCCUCAAUUGCUUUUGCAAACGAUGCCGCAUAUCAUUCCGCACGAGGACAGGGUUAGGCUGUUUAGGAAGUACAUUAACAACGAGAAGACUGUGUUGGGAUUGACGGAGAGCGCUUGCGCGUCGCCGCAAUCGACUUUGAUCACUGUGCAUAGAAACCGUAUAGUCGAAGACGGCUACAGACAACUCGCCCUUCUGCCAUCCCAAUCGCUGAAAGGCGUUAUCCGUGUGAGAUUCAUCAACGAGCAAGGUUUGGACGAGGCGGGCAUCGACCAAGACGGCGUCUUCAAGGAGUUUCUCGAAGAGAGCAUUAAGCGAGUGUUCGAUCCCUCUUUAAAUCUUUUCAAGGCUACCAGUGAGGAAAGAUUAUAUCCGUCGCCCACAUCGCAUGUUCAAGAUAACCAUCUGCAGCUGUUUGAUUUCGUUGGACGGAUGUUGGGCAAAGCGGUCUACGAGGGAAUCGUAGUGGACGUACCGUUCGCCUCGUUCUUCUUGAGCCAAGUAUCAGGCCAAACGGCCCAAGUACUAUACAGCUGCGUGGACGAGCUGCCUUCUCUGGAUCCGGCGUUGUACCGCAGCUUGAGCUACGUCAAGCACUACGAAGGCGACGUGUCUGAUUUAGAUUUGACGUUCAGCGUCGACGAAGACAGCAUGGGAAAGAUCGUGACGCACGAAUUGGUACCUGGUGGGAAAGCAGUGCAAGUUACCAACGAGAAUAAAAUAAACUACAUCCAUCUGAUGGCGCAUUUUCGAAUGCACGUUCAAAUUAAAGAGCAAACUUCUGCUUUCAUCAAAGGUUUUCGCUCGAUCAUCAACCCGGAUUGGUUAACGCUAUUUUCUACGCCAGAGUUACAACGGUUGAUAUCUGGCGAUAACGUCCCGCUGGAUCUGAAAGACUUGAGGAAAAAUUGUCAGUAUUACGGUGGAUUCCACGAUUCACAUCGGGUCAUCGGUUGGCUGUGGGAUAUACUGGAAAAAGACUUUAACGAAGAAGAAAAGGCAAUGUUUUUAAAGUUCGUUACGAGCUGUUCGAAACCGCCAUUAUUGGGUUUCCAGCAUCUCGAACCGCCGUUUUCUAUAAGAUGUGUUGAAGUUGGCGACGACGAAGAUACCGGAGAUACGAUCGGCAGCGUUUUUCGUGGAUUCUUCACCAUACGCAAAAAGGAUCCGCAAAACCGUCUACCGACAUCGUCGACGUGCUUCAAUCUCCUCAAAUUGCCCAACUAUCAGAAAAAGAGUACCCUGCGAGAAAAACUUAGAUACGCCGUGACUUGUAACACGGGUUUCGAACUGUCUUAAGUACAACUCAAUGUUAGUGAGGUUAGGUUAAUCUGAGCUGUCAACUGUUUUCUACUUUUUUUUAGCAUAACAUCUACCCAGUUACGUACGUGUUUUUUUAUUUUUUUUUAUGGAAAAUGACGCAUCCUCGUUCUUCUUACCCUUGUCUUCACUUUGUUCCAUUUUACUUUGUAUUUAACUUAAAAUAUUACACAUUUGUUACUGAAUGAUUUAAUAUAAUUUUAAAAGUCGGAUUUUCACUUUUAUACUAGAUAUUUUGUGAUUAACUGAAAAUUCUGGAUCUCCAUUUUAAUUUGACGCGCCGCUGUCAGAAUCGAAAAUCUGUCAACUGUCAGUUGAAAGUUUUGCCCAAUAUUUUUGUUUGUAAUUUGAGGUUUAAAGUGUGGUAUUUUGUAGCAGAAUCUUCUGAUUCGCCGCCAUCUUUUAUCAUUUCCCUCGAAGAACCCAGUAUACUUUCUAGUCCGAAAAAUCAGUGUUAGAACCUUAUUUGACAAACGGAUUGAGGAAUAAUUCAUUUAGUUGUUAAUAGGACAAACUUAACCCCACUAACGACAUAUUCUGUAUUUACUGUACAUAUUAUUAAACAACUAUGGAAUUGAUGGUAUCUUUUAUCAUAUCACCGAUCGUUUUUUCUAAACGACGCGUAUUUUUUAUAACCUUAAAUCGAAUUUAAAUAUACAGUGAUCACCUAGCAAAAUAUUUCAACUUACGACCCUGUUUUUGUAUUAAUUAUUAGGGAGGAACGGUUUUUUAUCUAUUUCGGUAGAUAGAGCUGCACUCCGGGACACUUUUAUUGAUUUUUCCCCAGAUCUGGGGAAAUUUGUAAAGUAGAUCUGUCAACACCGCACUGCAUGAAUCGAUAGUAAGUAAUAAUUACCUGGAAAUAUGUCAUUAAAUGGUAACACCGCUUUUCUAUGAAAAAAUGAGGAAAAAAGAUAAACUAUAAACCCGUUGUUUUGAGGUUACAUGGGAUACUAAAUCCCUUUGUAGGUUUUGAAAAAAAAAUAGUAGCGAAAUAAUAUUUAUCCAAAUUUAUGCGGUGCGGAAUUGCCAGGUCUACUCUACAAAUUUCCCCAGAUCUGGGGAAAAAUCAUAGAAUGUGUACCGAAGAGCCGCUCUAUCUGUUUAUUGGCGACAAUAUAGACUGAUUAUUAGAAAGGAACGAUUUUUUAUCUAUUUCGGUAGAUAGAGCUACACUUUUAUUAAUUUUUCCCCAGAUCUGGGGAAAUUUGUAUAAUAGAUCUGUCAACACCGCACGGCAUGAAUGAGUAGUAAGUACGCCUAAUAAUUGCCCGAAAACUUGUCAUUAAAUGGCAACACCUCUUCGUGUUUAAAAAGAAUAAUUCUAUGAAAAAUAUGUCAAAAAAUAUGAAUUAAGAUAAAUUAUCAACGUUUCGUUUUGGAAAAAAAAAUAGCGAAACAAAAUUUAUCCGAAUUCAUGCGGUGCGGGGUGCUAGGUCUACGAAUUUCCCCAGAUCUGGGGAAAAAUCAAUGAAUGUGUACCGAAGUGCCGUUAUAAUCUAUUUAUUGACGACAAUAUAGGUUGAUGGAUAUACUGAGUGUUUUCGAACUAAGGGAUAAUCGUUAUAUCAAAUUAGGUAUAGUUUGUCCGUAGUUACACUGUUUGACGUAAUACCGUUGAAAAUCUCCAGUAGUACUGAUGUCAAUGUUUAGUUAUUAGUACUUUAAUUUGACAGUACGAGUACUCGGUUCCUUUGGUUCGAUAACGCCUUGUAUAAUGUGUUGCUUUGUGUAUAUAUAGUCUAAAUUAUUUAUUAAUGAUAUUAAAGUGCAAUUUUCUACGAAUAAAAGUAGAACACUUAAUUUUUUAUUUAAGUGAAUAUCGAUAUGUGAUU